AUGUCUUUCAUUCAUCCCCAUACCGGCAGGCACGUACAUGUCGCCCACACGCCCGACGAGCUAGAACGUAAAGUCUCCGAACUCGAGCGUGAGAAGUCUCGAGACGAAUUCGACGUCCUGCUUCACGGCUCCGGCGACCAUAUAGAUGCGAUACGCGGCUUGCACGCCCAACGAGAAGCCGAGCGAAACCAGCUCUACCAGGACCAUUCAGCCGUCUACCGACAAUUCGAAAACGUGCGUGAUGAACUUGACAUUCUCAACUCCGAGCUCCAUAUCCUUACCGACCAUUCGGUUGCGCUCGAUGCAUCUUUUGACAAGUUCGGCUAUUCGGCCCACCUCCGCACCACCGACUCGGACGCUGCUAGCAUCAACAGUAAUGCCGAAGAGAAGCACCGCGACCGUAUCACCAAUCCACUCAAGUUCUUCCGACGGCCUCAAGUCAGACAGUACUUCCACAAGGGGCUUUUGUGGCGAUCGAGUAAGCCCGGUGAGGUGGCGUCCUUCGAGCUGUUUAUUGAUCUGGUCUACGUUGGUGUUAUCGACAUCAUCGGCGAACGAGCGGCAGAGCACCCUUCAGGCUUGAGCUUGUUGCAAUUUAUCAUCAGCUUCUGCAUCGGCUGGAAGAUCUGGAGCGAUAUGACUCAAAUCAUCAACUGGUUCGAUAUUGAGGACAUAUUUCAACGGAUCUGUGUUGCAUUCUACCUCGUCUGCUUAUUCGGCUUCACCACUAAUAUCUACUACAUGUUUCCCGAAGGCUCUCCCGAAUCCGGCAGUAUCGAGGCACGCGCCGAAGCCGAGGGUGCCGGGGAUGGCGAGCACCACUACACAACGUAUACCAUGGCCAUCGGCUUCUUCAUUGCCCAACGCUUCUUCGUCGCCCUGUGGUACAUUUGGGUCGGCUUUCUUGUGCCAAUGAUUAAAGGUUCCAUGUUCUGCGGUAGCGUAAUCAUCGUCGUGGCUUCGGCACUAUGGAUUGUAUCUAUUCACGUCCCCUGGCCCAACCAGCUUGCGCCCAUAUUUUUGGCUAUCUUUGUCGACCUAUUCGGUGGCAGUAUAAUCAUCUGGAUCACGCGCAAGUCUAAAGAAGACAAGAGCAUGUGUAGACAUCUUACAAAGUACUUCCAAUUCGCCCCUGCUAUCAACAUCGAACACCGCGUCGAGCGCAACAACGCCUUCGUCGCCCUGGUCUUUGGCUACAGCAUCCUGACCAUUCUUUACCAAUCCUCGGCAGAAAUGGGCAUCAACGCCUUCUUCGGCAAGGGUGUGCUCGGUCUCUUGCAGGCCUUCUGCUUCAAUUGGAUCUACUUCGAGAUCGAUGCCUAUGCAGUACACGUGCACGCCAUCCGCCGACACUGGUUCAGUGCCACGCUGUGGGUGACUGCGCAGCUGCCUUUCAUCAUGUCGUACAUCCUCGCCGCAUCAACACUCACAUCUCUGGUCCUUGCCCACGAUUCGCGUGAUGCUGAAGAGAGUUGGCUUGGCUCGCACUAUGCUGAACGGUCGGUGAGCGAGCUGGACUCAGCCACGCGGUGGUUCUACUGCGGCGGCAUUGGACUGGCACUGAUUUUCAUGGCCGUCAUCAGCCUGUGCCACACGCAUAAGAAGCUGAAGGGCGGCCGACUGAAGAAGCGUCCGAGAUUGGCGUUCCGUUGCGUCAUCGCCGUGAUCAUCAUCGUGCUGCCCACUGCCGGUGACAGGCUGUCCAGUCUCGACCUCGUCACCAUAACCUCCUGCCUCGUCAUCAUCAUCCUCAUCGUCGACCUCUACGGCAAUUCCGCCGUCGGCACCCCCUUCUGGACGCACGGCCUCUGCCACAAGGAGCGCAAGCAGACCACCUACGUCGCACACUGCAAGCUCAAAGCCAACCGCCGCCGUGAGCUGCAGAAGAGGCUCGCCAAGGGCGAGGACGUCUGCAUUGGCGACGUGCUGCGCCUUCGCAACGCCAGCACCAGCACCAGCGUCAAUACCAGUCGUAGUAGCUUGGGCGGCAGCACGUUGGCGGACGAGGCCGAGCGUGCCGAGAUGCGCCAGCGUGAGCACAGGGCCAGGCAGCGGGAUGAGGAGUGGAUGGGCGGCUCGUAUUGA